CAAACAUGGUGGGUCUGUCGGGAGAUCCUAUCGUUGAAUCUCUUAUUUAUAUGAUGACGUUCAAGGACUUUGAUUUCUGAAGCUUGGCUUCCUCUUUUGAUCGAGCACCUGAGACUGGUAAGACAGGGUGCUCCUGCGGUCUAGCCACUUUGACCUCUAUAUAAUCUUGCCACAAUCUUCUGGAUUGCGUGCGAUGAUCGAAUACACACCAAGUUGAUCUCUCUGUAUCAGAAAUCCCUUGUGAGGUGUCAGGCUUAGGGAAGAGGCCGUCUACAUACCAUGCCGGCCCAUCUCCAUACCCACCCGCAUGGCAGCACCUCUCUUGCUUCUAACCAAGAAGCAGAGAGCCCAUCAGAUACGGCUGCCUCUCCUCGGGUGCACUUGUCUCAUGACGACGAAGAUGCCAUCGCAGAGAUCCAUCAUACCCUGACCGAGAUUAGCCAUCAUGAUUCCCGACAAGGCUAUCCCGAGCCGCACUCUUCGUUCGACAAGUUCUUAGAAGCAGAACUGCAAGCCGGACGGAAAAAGUCGAAUCUCGGGGUUUGCUUUCAGUCACUGUCAACGUGGGGAGAUGGGGAGGAGCACGCCAACGUCAAAACUCUGGGAACCGCGCUAUGGCGCACCUUGACAUUUCAGGAUGUCUAUGAAUGGACCAUUCAGCCCUGGCUCUCUAGAAAGGAACCACGCAGCGGCCGUUCGCUGAUUCGGGAUUUCUCCGGCGUUGUUCGAAGCGGGGAGAUCAUGCUGGUUCUGGGACGACCAGGGGCUGGUUGUUCGACACUCCUCCGGACAAUUGCCGGCCAUCACUCUUCAUUCCUUGGAGUGACAGGGUCUCUGGAUUACUCUGGCCUCAGCUUAGAAGAGGUCAAAAAGCAUUACCGUGGCCAAGUGGCCUAUAUCCCAGAAGAUGAUGUACAUUUUCCUACACUUACGGUGCAACAGACCCUGGAGUUUGCACUGCAAAGUAAGACCCCCCAGAGGUAUCAAGAUCGGAUCUCUCGUUAUCUCGAAAUUUACGGCCGCGUGUUCGGUAUGUCUCACACGAUGAAUACCCUGGUUGGAAACGAGUACAUUCGAGGUGUUUCUGGUGGAGAGCGCAAACGUAUCUCGAUCAUUGAGUCUCUUGCUACAGAUUCAUCUGUCUCAUGUUGGGAUAAUUCAACUAGGGGCCUCGAUGCCUCAUCCGCGCUGGACUAUGCACGUAGUCUCCGAAUCAUGACUGACACGUGCGGAAAAGCUACACUGAUGACGUUGUAUCAGGCAUCGGACGCCAUCUACGAUUUAGUUGAUAAGGUUCUUUUGAUUGACGAGGGACGUAUGCUCUACCAAGGUCCGGCUCGUGAAGCAAAGCACUACUUUGAAGACUUGGGGUACGAGUGCGCUGAGAUGCAGACGAUUUCAGACUUUUUGACAAGCAUCACGGUACCGGAAAGACGGAGGUUCCGACCGGGAUGGGAGUGCCGUGCUCCCAAGGGGCCUAUUGAGCUGGAGGAAGCGUUUCGUAAAAGCCCAGCCUAUCAAAAAGUGCAGUACGAUGUGCAGCACUAUGAGGAUCAGCGACUGGGAGGGAAAAGUGUUGGAACAACGCAGACUGACUCGGACAGCGGAAGCCUGGAAGACUUCAAAAAAGCCGUUCAAACCGACAAAUCCCGGUUUGUCUCGCCCAAAUCCCCGUAUACGAUCUCCAUUUUCCGGCAGGUAGUGCUGUGUGCAAAGAGACAGUUGUGGCAGAUUCAGGGCCAUAUGUCUCCUUUAUAUAUCAAACUUAUUUCCUCUGUCAUCUACGGGUUACUGGUCGGCUCUAUGUUCUACAAUCAGCCGCAGACGACUGCAGGUAUGUACUCUCGAGGCGGAAUUAUUUUUUACUCUUCUAUUCUGCUUGCGUGGCUACAAAUGUCCGAACUGGAGGAAGCAAUGCAAGGGCGGGAUAUUCUCAGCCGUCAAAAGAAGUUUGCGUUUGUUCGUCCCAGUGCUGUGUGCUUGGCCAGGGUCAUUACAGAUAUCCUCAUAGCAGCGGUUGUUACAUUUCUCUAUUUGAUCGUGGUCUACUUCCUGUCGGGCCUGAAGUCUGAUGCCGGAGCCUUUUGGAUUGACUUCUUAUUUGUCUACCUAUGUACCAUCUGCUUAACGGCACAGUUCCGAUUGUUCGCGGCUGCAUCGUCUAACUUCGAAGUCGCCUUGCGGUACUGUGGCGUGUCCGUACUCUUCUGUAUUGUUUUCGGUGGCUACGUGCUUUCAGUAGAUAGGAUGAUUGCCAAUGUUCCUUGGGUUGGAUGGAUAGCGUACAUCACCCCGGCUCUUUAUACCUAUGAGGCUAUGAUGGCUGCGGAAUUCCACAAUACCAACUUCACUUGCUCACCGGAAUCUGUUGUCCCCUCGGGUCCCAAUUAUACCGAAAUUGCAUAUCAGACUUGUGGCUACGCGGGAAGCCAGAUUGGGACCACGGUUGUGAACGGCGAUAACUACCUAGCCGCCCAAUACGGCUUUUCUUUUGGUCAUGUCUGGCGUAAUUUUGGGAUUCUAUGCCUCUUCACUGUGGUCUACAUUGCCUGCACUUGUUGGCUGAGCGAAAUUAUGGAAUGGGAGCCGGAUAGUGCCGGUCCUAUUCGAUAUAAGAAGUCUCGGAGGAUCCCAGGACAAAGCCACAAGAAAGUUCAAGACGAAGAGAGCAGCCCUGUCCAGCGUAAUGCAACGAUGCCCGAUGCAGAUAACACCCGUGAAGAGUCUCGCCAAGCUAUUACCGGGACAAUGUCCACGUUUACUUGGGAUAAUCUGGAGCUAUUCGUUCAAGUUGGGAAAGAGAACCGAAAGUUGCUGAACGGAGUCAGUGGAUACUGCAAGCCGGGGACCUUAACAGCUCUGGUUGGUGCCUCCGGGGCAGGAAAAUCAACAUUAUUGACUGCCCUGACUCAGCGGCCGAGUUCUGGAAAGUUAACGGGCACUAUGUACGUCGAUGGACAUGCUGUCGAUGAGUCAUUUAAUCGUCAGAUCGGAUAUUGCCAACAGAUGGAUAUUCAUGACGAAAGUAGCACUGUUCGUGAAGCAUUCGAGUUUUCGGCUCUUCUGCGCCAGAGCCCGAAGGUGACCGAUGAAGAAAAGAUCUCGUACGUGAACACCGUCAUUGAGACACUCGACUUGAUUGAUCUGCAGAACGCCCUUAUCGGAUCAUUAGAUAUCGAGAAGAAGAAACGUGUCACCAUUGGAGUAGAGCUCUGUGCGAAGCCCGAACUGUUACUCUUCCUUGAUGAACCAACCAGUGGGCUCGAUAGCCAAGGUGCUUCUAGCAUCAUUGGCUUAUUGGGACGAUUGGCUGACCAGGGACUGGCCAUUCUUUGUACCAUUCAUCAGGCAAAUCAGCAGCAAUUCGAGGUGUUUGAUCGAGUCUUGGCCCUUAGUCCUGGGGGAAGUACCUAUUACUUCGGGGAAGUCGGAGAGUCUGGGCGUUCGAUCUUCGAAUAUUUCUCCAAAAAUGGAUACCAGCCAGAGAAUGUAACAAAUGCUGCAGACUUCUUGAUCGAAGUUGUUGUUGGUGGGAUGAAAAAUACUGUGCAUCAAGUCGACUGGGCUGACGUGUGGAACCGAUCCAUAGAAGCCAGCAUGGUCAAGGAAGACAUAAGUGAAAUCCGGAAUAGAGGGGCAAAACUAGAAGCCUCUCUGGUUGCGAAGGAGCACUCCACGCCACCACUCUACCUCCAGAUCGGCCUUUUAACCAAACGUACAUUGCGGCAAUACUGGAGGAGCCCGGAAUACCCCUACUCCCGGCUCUAUGCAUCAUUCCUGCACGCUGUGAUUAACGGUCUCACUUACUUGCAGAUUGGGAAUAGCUCGACAGAUUUACAGUCGAAGGCCUUCUCUUGCUUCCUAGUUCUGAUGCUGGUACCAGAGUUCAUAAACGCCAUCUCUAUGCGGUUUAUCAUGAAUCGCGAUAUUUGGAAAGCGCGAGAAGGCCCUAGUGGGGUUUACGGAUGGUUUGCAUUCUGCACGGCCCAAAUUUUAUGUGAAAUCCCGUACGCUAUUGUCAGUGCUGUGAUCUUUUAUAUGCUCUAUUACUUCAUUGUCGGACUUCCGUUGGGCUUCGCGGCCGGAUAUAGUUUCUUGAUGUUCUUCCUUUUCUUUCUAUUUGCCACAUCAUGGGGCCAGUGGAUUGCGGCCUUGAGCGCCGACUCGAUGGUAGCCGCCACUCUCGUGCCAUUUUUUAUCAUUAUGUGCGAGCUGUUCAACGGCAUCCUUCAACCUCACGACAAUAUGCCCGCGUUUUGGAAAUAUACCAUGUACUAUGUCACGCCCUUCACUUACUGGAUUGGGGGUGUUCUAAUGGCCGUCCUGCGCGGCAUGCCUGUCAUCUGCGACAGUAGCGAGUUAACUAUCUUUGAAAGCCCCCCGAAUAUGACUUGUGGAGAGUACGCAGGCCCCUGGCUUGCAGAGCACGGAGUAGGAUACCUCUCUAACCCAGAUGACACGAGCAAAUGCGGGUAUUGCAAGUACAGCUAUGGCGAUGAUUAUCUGUCCGGCAUUGGCCUAGAUCCAUCCAAGUUGUGGCCAUAUUUCGGCAUCUUCCUAGCAUUUGUAAUUUCGAACUACUUGAUGGUUUAUGUUCUUGUUUAUGUGCGAUCUGUGAUGAAGCCGUUUUGGAGGCGCGAAUAAAACACUUGAUGAGACUAUUUAUAUAUAGUGAGAUAGAGGAUCAUAGAGAUAACAUAUAAAAUCUGACAAGGUGGUUCGUUCUUCCUGUUA